AUGCAGACACGGUCGCAGACACGGUUGGAGUCGGAGAGAAGCGGCCCGCAUGAGCAAACGCGGUCGCGGUCAGAGGCGAAGGAUCCGCGCAGAGAGUCACAUGCGCAAGCGCGGUCCCAGUCAGGGCUGAAGAAGCCGCGCGCGCAGCCACGGUCGCAGGGCCCGCCAGAGCAGAAGCGAACAGAAGCGGGGGUACCGGCAGACGAAACGAGGAGGGCGGCAAAAACAAGGCCGGGUCUAAAGAAAAGGAAGACGAAAAGUCGGUUGCCCACCCUACUGGGGUUGGCACAGAGGAGGGGAAGGGGGAGGGGGAGGAAGGGGAAGAAGCGCGGUCGGGGCCAGGACGCCGCCUGGCGGCAGGAUGCGUGCGACGGGCUCUAUGGGAUCUUCGACUCGCCCGGCCGGCGGGGGCUGGGGCGCAAGCUGUACGUGCACCUGAUGAAGCUCAUGGGUCUGGAGCACAUGAUCCUGCCGGGCCGCCGCGAGGGAAAGAUGCAGCCGCGGGGGGGCAAGAAGGCAGUUGCGCGCACGGGCGACUCGAACAAGAAGUGA